AUGAACGCCUAUUCACUCGCUAUACUCCUAUCAGAUCAACAAAUGGCCUUUAAUCUGAUCCAAUCGCGCAAAGUCUUAUUCAAAUACCACUGGCCUGUUGUUGAAUCGCAAACUUAUAUAGACAUCGAUUGCCAUCUAUUGUCUCGUAUGAACGCCUAUUCACUCGCUAUACUCCUAUCAGAUCAACAAAUGGCCUUUAAUCUGAUCCAAUCGCGCAAAGUCUUAUACGCGGGCACUGGAGAUGUGCCCGACUAUAGGGACGGCACUAAAGUGUCAUUUCAUUUCCGAACCGUCAAAGUGGCCGCCGAUGGCGCCGAAGAGCUGGUCAUUGACGACACCCGAAAGUGCGGUAAACCCAUGGAACUGAUUAUUGGCAAAAAGUUUAAACUGAUUCUGUGGGAGGAAUGGAUCAAAUCGAUGCGCGUCCGCGAAGUGUCCCGUUUGGUGGCCGACCGCGUCCUCUGCACGGACUACCCGUUUGUGUCCAAAUUGUCCCGUUUGGUGGCCGACCGCGUCCUCUGCACGGACUACCCGUUUGUGUCCAAAUGUUAUCGACAAUUCUCCACCAAAACCAACGGUUCCACUGGUGAUGAAGAGCCACCGCCGGCCCGUCAUUGUUGUGGAAUGGCAAUGAAGACCGGUUUAGGUCACGAAGAUUUGGACAAAUUGGUGACCAAUCCUUCUGAUCUUGAGUUCACGAUUGAGUUACUCAGUGUUGAAUCGCCCGAAGACUACGACAAAGAGAUUUGGCAAAUGAACGCCGAAGAGAUGGUAAACGCGUUGCCUAUAUAUAGACGCGACGGCAACCGUUUGUACGCCGACCGCGAGUACGAGAAGGCCGGCCAACUGUACGGCAAGGCAUUGGCUAUUGUGGAACAGCUAUUGUUGCGGGAAAAGCCCGGCGACGAGGACUGGGCCCGUCUCGACGCCAUGAAAGUGCCGUUUCUGUCAAACCUGUCUCAGUGUCGGCUCAUUGCCGGCGAUUACUAUCAAGUGAUUGAGUUUACGACUGAAUGUCUUCAACGCGAUCCCAAUAAUACGAAAGCACUGUUCAGGAGAGCCAAAGCUCACGUCCGGGUCUGGAACUCGACCGAAGCCCGGCGUGACUUCGAGCUCGUGUCCACUUUAGACCCAACACUCGCCAAAGCCGUGCAGAAAGAGUUGCAAGCGUUGGACGCGUCCGAGAAGAGUAGUGACCGCAAAGACUCGCAACUAUUACGAGGAAAGUUGUUUUCAUAG